AUAUUUGUAGAACGUUUACAAAACAUGAAAAUGUUUAUACAAUGUUAUAUGGCCCGGCGUUUACCAAGAGGAAAAGAAAGAAUUUGUUGUAAGCUGUACAACGACAAACAGAAAUCAGAAGAUAAAACUAGAAAAGUGUCACACAUAUCUGAAACUCGCUUGACUCUUUCGAAAGGCAAACAAGCAAAGAAAAGGAAAGAACUUAUUGAACGUAAGGAAAUAUCAAAGAUAUCAAAAUACUCUAAAACAAGGAAGACAAAAAGACAAGAAAUGAAAAUAUCCAGUAGAGAGAGAUUAACGGAUAAAUUAAGCAAAGAGAAAGCAAAAUCGGAAUUAAAAGAACAACCUGUUGUACCAACAAUCGCUGUAAGAAAAUCAGAAGAAAAAGAAUCACCGGAAACAUUAGCAAAGGAUAAUAAAUGCAAAUGCCAAAUAGUCAAAAGUUAAUGAUUAAAUAUAAAUAUUUGAUAUUUAAGAAAGAAUGCAUGA